AGAAAAAUGUCGAUAAUAAAGCAUUUUUUGUCAAAAACUUGAUUGCAUUGUGUUUAGGAAGGAAUUUUGACUCUUUGUUUUAAACAUUUCAGUGAACGGGUCACAUUUCCUACCCUACUCCGGAGGUGAUCUGCUUACGAGCCUCAAUUGUUAUGUGACGAAAUGCCAUUAGAGGGCAGCACUGUCCACCCAAAAAUUUCAGCAGGGUGGUGAAUGCUGCAAAUAAAAGAUCUUCCUGCAAAUUUACUGAAGAUAUUGGUUGAUAAGUUUCAUUUUCUGCAAAAUGGCUUCAAGAUCAGAUGGCUCGAAACCAGGCGGUCUUGAGAGUUUUGCUACCUUUUUCUUCCAAAGAAUGAGUGAACUCCACCAGGAAGGUGUACUCUGUGAUAUCACUGUUAUUGUUGAGGGGGAGGAAUUCAAGACCCAUCGCCUCGUUCUAGCCGGGGUGAGCGACUACUUCAGGGCAAUGUUCAUGCACAACAUGAUCGAAAAGAACAAGGACAGUAUCGAGCUCCAGGGGCUGAAACUCUCUGGAUUCAAACCUCUCCUCGAAUACUCGUACUCUGGCCGUCUCCUUCUCACAAUGGAUAACAUUAGUGCCAUUCUGGAAACAGCGUCUUUUCUACAAAUAAGUGAUGCAUUGGAAAAAUGCAAAAAGUUCCUCAUUUCUAGUAUGGACUUUACAAACUCCUUGGACAUCAUUGCCUUAGGUGAAACAUUUGGUGUGUCAGAUCUACCUGAAACCCGACGAAAACUCAUCCUAGAUAAUUUCAUGGAUUUCUCACAGACAAAGGCAUUUCUAGAACUUGAUCAUAAAGAGAUUGCAAGUUAUUUAGAAAGUGACUCUUUACGUGCGUCGUCCGAGUUUGCAAUACUCAAAGCAGCGUUGAGAUGGUACCAGCACGAUAAGACAAACCGGCAAAAACAUGCAUAUGAUGUUCUGGAGAAGGUACGUUACACCCAGGAUGGAUGGUCGACCAUCGAAUACGCCAGCACCGAAGAACCUUUCAACACCUGCAGCAAGUGUAAACGGUUAAUGGAGGAGUGUGUCCAGUUCAUGCAACUACCAGAGCGAAAGCAUUUGUACUAUGAUCAUAGAACUCGUGUUCGCUACGACAAGAAGACCUUGAUCCAACUGAGUGGUGCCAUAGAGGAUGAUGACUAUGGCCCCAGCGGACAUGGCGACAAUAACUACUUCCACCGUGAUUUUAAGAUAUGGCUUCCACUUGGUGCAGCGGCUAUGUCGGACCCAAGAUCGAAUUUCGCAACAGUUGAGAUAAACGGAUUUGCAGUGAUAUGUGGUGGUUACCUGUAUGACGAUGAUAUCGGUACCUUUAUGCACGUGACCAAUGAAGUCAAGACGCUCCAUUGUAGUAGUGGCUUUGCAUUGUGGGAUAUACCAUACAUGAUCGAACCAAGGGCCCAUCAUGUGCUUGUACAUUGCAGAGAUUAUCUCUACGCCAUAGGUGGGAAGUCGGAUGGCCAGAUCUGGGCAUCAGUAGAGGGCUUCGAGCUUAAUAAGGACGAAUGGUCUUUCAAAGCAUCCCUGAAGACACCACUUUAUGAUCAUGCAGGCUGUGAAUAUGGAAAUAAGGUGUAUAUUAGUGGCGGUGUAGAAGGUGAUACAGUUGUUAAUACCAUGCGGUGCUAUGACCCAGAGACGAAUACCUGGGAGACCAAGGCUCCUAUGCAGUCAGUGCGAGCUGGCCACACGAUGAACAGGCUUGGUGAUAAGUUGAUUGCCUGUGGUGGCUGGCUGUGCUACAACCAAGGAGGAGGUCACCUCAAUUCGGUAGAAGCGUAUGACCCCAUUCAAGACAAGUGGACAUAUCAGUCAACGAUGAGGAGUGAUGUGGCUUCCCAUGCCGCCACUGUGAUGGAAGACAAGCUGUACGUUGCUGGCGGCCAGAACAGUCUUGGAGAAGUCCAGUCUAUCAUCCUAGAAUAUGACCCAAAGAAAGACGAGUGGAUUAACUAUGGGCAUCUACCUCGACAGCUCAAGAGUUUAGGCCUCUGUUGUUUGACUGUGAAUCUGAACAAACCUGUGAUGGAUGAUGAAGACUGGUUGGUCAGGAACUUUGAAGCUGUGAUGUUGGAUGAUGAAGAAGACAAUUAUGGUCCCCACGCAGUUUGGGCCUAUGGUCAUGAUGAUCUCAAUGUAGAUUGGGGCCAUGAUGAUCAAGAGGGUCCUCAACAUGAAUGGGGCUUGGAACUCAUUUGAAACUCAUCUGAAAACUCAAGGGAGACGGCCAAUUCUUGGCAGUCUGAUUGGCUACUCUGAACUCAGGAUAAUCUGAUAGCCUAGUCAAAUCUUCGCACACAAUGCAGAAUAAAUAAAGCUGUAGGAUUUGCAGGUUAAGAUCGAGCCAGUACAGAUAUUGCUCUUAUAUAUCGGUGUUUCUUCAAGUUAAGUCAAGUGGCUGUCACUUUUAGCCAUAUUGAGUCAGCUCUAGCCAUUGCCGAUCGUUUGUCCAUCUUGGGGCCGACCCAGCCCACAGUAACAUGUGCGAGAAUGGCAGCCCGCCAGUACUGAGACUAGCCAAUCAACGAACGAUUCGAGGAACCCGUGACCGUAGACUCCAUGGCAACGAAGCGAGCGGGAAACUAGGCGAAUCUGAUAAUAGGAUGGUGUCGACGUGUCGACACCAUACUGCGACAAUAGGGGGCGACACCAUACAGUGUCGCACCACAGACCUACAAGCGAGGCGACUGGCAGCGCCACCAAAAUCACUGUAGCGGCAACGGGUAGAACUACAAUGUAGGAUAUAGCAACCACGUGUGAUACCGCGGUAGCCCGCAAAUAUGAUAAAGUUUGACUAACGAUCGUUCCUUUGACUUUGAUCAAUUGAUCAGUUUUCACACUAUUACUCUCUCGCCAAAUCAUGGCAAUUCAAAUUGAAUUCGCAAAAUUCUUAGCCCAGACCCGCUGAAGUUUAGUUGAUACAAAAUGUUUUUACCUGAGUUUACCACAAAAGUAAAAACUUCAUCAUUCAUCAAUGCAUUUCCUGUAGUCUCUUGAUUCAUUGACUCAAAUGUUGUGAAAUUAUACUCGUUUGUUAG